AUGCUCUACAUUAUUUUCUUAACAUUUGCCCUAGCAGUCAAUGCAUUGACAGUACAUAAUCCACCCGUCGAUGGCUCUGGAGGAGCUGCUCCUUCAAAACCCAAAUGCCACCAUCGAGUUUCAAAACAUGACGAAUAUGCAUCGUAUCCAUCAGUCCAGUCUAAUUCUCAACCAAUGCCAAUUGGCUGGGAAUCGGGACUAAAGAAUCAAGUCACGUAUAGCACAAUCCAACCUUUAUCAGCAUCUUCAAUCGUGCCUGAAGUCAAUCCAAACCUAGACUUUUUUAUUAUUGGAGAUUGGGGUCAACCCAACGAGCGUCAAUCUCAGGUAGCCAAAGUAAUGUCGGAUCUUGCAUAUAUGACCAAGCCCGAUUUUGUCCUGUCUGUUGGCGACAACUUUUAUGCUACCAAUGAGACUAAACACGACGGUGUACUAUCCACAAAUGAUAGUAAAUGGAACGAUUUCUGGUUGAAAGUAUAUCAAGGAUUUACCCAAUCAAUUCCGUGGUACUCAGUUUUGGGAAAUCAUGAUUGGCUUGGCGAUCCACAAUCUCAAAUCGAAUAUUCAAGAUUAAAUCCAACGAAAUGGGUCAUGCCCAACUAUUUUUGGGAACGCACCGUCAAGCUUGGACAACAUGAGGUUGCAUUCAUUAUGAUAGAUACCAACUAUUUGGUUUAUUCAACAAUGGAGAUUCGGCCUAUCAUGCUGAAUAACUUUCAACGCGCGGGCUGGACAGAUGGCAAUCAAACCGUCAAGAUGCAUUUGGAUUGGAUCGAAGGAGCUCUUCAACGACACUUGGACAAAAAAUAUGUGUUUGUAGUAGGUCACCAUUUCCUUGGUACUUGCAAGCCUGUUGGACACAUGGUUGAACUACAAGCACUUUUGGACAAGUACCAACCGACAGCAUAUCUUUAUGGACAUCAUCAUACUUUGCAAGCAACCAGUCGUGGAAAAACCCAGUAUAUUCAAUCUGGUGCUGGAAGUGUAAUGGAAGAUUCUUGCCCAGAUCAUGACGGCUGGGCUCUUGGACAAACCAAUGGAUUUGUUCACGCCAGUGUAACUGAAGCUUCAAUUGUGUUUAAUUUCUGGGACUAUACUGGUAAAAUUGUGCAUACUGUCAACGCAUAG